CCGGUCUACUGUGACCAUGAAUUCAUAUUUUUAUCAUCUUUUGAGCGCUCUGAGGUGCCACCGCCAUAUAAAUGCAAAUUGUGUGAAGAAUGUUUUCACACAUAUUUAUAAUGAUUGGGUAUGAAAACUAGAAAUGUUAAUCAUCUGGAUUCAGCUAAAUCUCUAAAGGGAUGUCUAUUCAUUGCUUUAGCAUCAGGCAGAAAUAUGUUUUUAGGAGGGAGGAGGUACAAGUCAAAGGUCUGGGUAGGUAGACUGAAAGUAAACUUUGCCCUUAGGUGAUUACGUAGCAAUGUAAUGCAAUGUUGCUUUGGUGGCUUUCUAUAUUUGGCUUUGGCCUGAUAACUAACUUGGCUCUAAGUCUGAAGCAUUGAUGGCCAUGUUGUUGAACUGGUAGCAUGGCAGUUUGAGCUCUACUUGUCUGAUAAAAAGAAGAAGAAAGCAUAUUUGUCUUAUGUAAAAUAGAUAACUUCACAGAGACACUUCAGAGAAUCUUACUGCAUCUGUGCAAGUUGAUUUAAACAACUGUUUGCAAUAUUGUUUUUGGUGACAGAAGUUUCAAAAAGCUGAUUGGGAUGCCAAAGGAAAAAUAUGAUCCACCAGAUCCACGGAUAAUAUAUACAAUCAUGUCAUCUGAAGACGCAGGGAAUGUGAAGAAAUCAAAUUGGGUGGGAUUAGAAAUCUCCGGUAAAGUAAGGAGCUUGAGUACAUCAUUGUGGGAGUUAACACACUUGACGGCACUGCACCUUAAUGAUAAUAACCUUACACGCAUUCCAGCUGAUAUAUCGAAGCUCCAUAAUCUGGUUUACUUGGAUUUGUCAUCUAAUAAACUCCGCAGUUUGCCAGCAGAGCUCGGAAACAUGGUGUCGCUCAGGGAAUUACUUUUAAAUAACAAUCUCUUACGGGUUUUGCCUUAUGAACUCGGACGAUUGUUCCAGCUGCAGACCCUGGGUUUAAAAGGCAAUCCUUUGUCACAGGAUAUUCUAAACCUCUACCAAGAGCCAGAUGGAACACGAAAGCUACUGAACUACAUGCUUGACAAUUUAGCAGUUCAUCCAGAGCAGCUUCCUCAGAGGCCGUGGGUCACACUAAAGGAAAGAGAUCAAGUGCUACCAACAGCACUGUUCACUGUCAUGUGUUAUAAUGUUCUAUGUGACAAGUAUGCCACAAGGCAGCUAUACGGCUACUGCCCAUCCUGGGCUUUGAACUGGGAAUACAGGAAAAAGGGAAUUAUGGAAGAGAUUAUAAACUGUGAUGCAGACAUCAUAAGCCUUCAGGAAGUAGAAACCGAGCAAUACUUCAAUCUCUUCCUUCCUGAGCUGAAUCAGCAUGGAUAUGAUGGGUUCUUCUGUCCAAAGUCUCGUGCCAAAAUAAUGACUGAACAAGAAAGGAAGCAUGUGGAUGGUUGUGCGAUAUUCUUCAAAAAAGAAAAAUUUACACUGGUGCAGAAACACAGUGUGGAAUUCAACCAGUUAGCAAUGGCCAACUCCGAAGGAUCUGAAGCCAUGCUGAAUCGAGUGAUGACGAAAGAUAAUAUUGGCGUCGCAGUCCUGUUGGAGGUCCAUAAAGAUCUGUUUGGAGGUGUAAAGGCACUUCAUGGAACAGAAAAGCAACUAAUUUUAGUGGCCAAUGCACAUAUGCACUGGGAUCCAGAGUACUCAGAUGUGAAGCUCAUCCAGACUAUGAUGAUAGUCUCUGAACUCAAAAGCAUCCUGGAGAAGUCAGCUAACUCUCUUAGGCCAGGUUUCCCUUCUGCAGACCCUAAUUCCAUUCCUUUGGUGCUGUGUGCCGAUCUCAAUUCCCUGCCCAAUUCAGGUGUUGUGGAAUACUUGAGUACUGGAGGUGUUGAACAGAAUCACAAAGACUUUAAGGAGCUGAGGUACAACCAGUGUCUAAUGAAAUUCAGCUGCAAUGGGAAGAAUGGAACUUCUGAUGGCAGAAUUACUCAUGAUUUCCAUCUCAAGAGUGCGUACGAAAAUAGCCUGAUGCCUUACACAAAUUACACUUUUGACUUCAAAGGUGUUAUUGACUACAUUUUCUAUUCGAAGACUCGAAUGAAUGUGCUGGGAGUUCUUGGGCCUUUGGAUCCUCAGUGGCUUGUGGAAAACUGUAUCACUGGAUGUCCUCACCCUCAUAUUCCUUCAGACCAUUUUUCACUGUUAAUACAACUUGAACUCCACCUUUUGUUGCCAUCAUUGAUAAACGGUGUGCACUUACCGUGUAGGAGAUAGUGGAAACCAGUCCUAGAAGCUCUUCCUGCUUUUAUGGACGUGUACAGUUCUAAAUCAAAGUAUGAAGGAGUGAAGUAUGGCCUGUAAACAAUCUUACUUUUUUAGAUAUGUUCUGUAUGUUUAUAAUACACCUGUUCCACCAUUUCACAGCAUUACCACUGGGGCUGGAGCAAAUUAAAACCUACUUACUUUUGAAGGUUUAUUGCUCAAACCUUUGGAGACACUGGAGAUUCUGUCCUCUACAUGUCUAAAUAGAUUUUCUCACACUGCGACCAUGUAUUAACUGUUGGUUUUCCUAUUGGCUCUGGUUUUGAAACGGCACCAUUGUGUGCGUUGCAUGUGCAAUAACAUACAAUGUCAUUGAUUACUUCUCCAAAGAUUAACAGACAAAUUGCCUUCAGAUGACCUGAGUUUUGUCCCUGCCCUGGUUGCCUUAGAUCUAUUUAUAUAUCUGUUUUUAGACUUGUGUUGACUUAUUUACAAUUUGAGAUAAGUAUUCGGUGUCUUCACGUAAGUUACUCUUGAUUUCUUUGCCUGUAUGUUUUCAUUGAUCACUUUAAAUCUCUUAAAGACUUCUCUUUGCAACUUUUGAUAAUCAGUCAGAACCUCACCUCAGUUGUCUGACCGUGUUUAUCACAGUUAAUCAAUACCUCUCAUUGACUGAUCCUGAGUACUAAAGAACACGCAGAUCAAAAGGGUUCAUCUCAGUCCUAUUUGACCUUAUUCAUACUAGUGUAAGGCAGGCAUUUAGUCUCAGGUAAGGAAGAUCCUCUUUGAUUUAUUAAUUUGCAGGGAUGGAAAAGUGUUCAUGCUUCCCAAACUGAUUACUAAAGAUGUACUCUGUCCAGUAGAAAUGCUGUGAUUUUUUUAAAAAAGAAGUGGUUGAAAAUUAGUAGUAUUUGGUAAAAUCAUGUGUUUUGCGUUAUGUUUCUCCUUACGUAAGCCAACUGGAACCUCUUCUCUGCCAGGAGGGCAUGGUGCUCUGGAGUCCAUACCACAAUCAAUCCUGCUCCAUGAUUGGUCAGGAGAAGGUGCGUUUAGUGGAGCAAGUUGGUUUGGGCUUGCAUUUUGUUCCCACAUGAAAAACCAUGCAGCAAUUGGUGACUGUGACGCAUCAGAAAUUAUUUGGGCGUGAAUUCAAGUCAUGCUUGAAUUCAUGCGUGCUAUUACCAUCUAAUGCUUGUUAAUUUUGAUGUUGUGUAAUGCUUACAAAACUCUACUGCACUUUAUAAAGAAAUGGCUUUUU